GCACUCACGUCCAGCUGAGGAGGGACGACGGCGAGGGGUCCGGAGAACCCAGAGCGAGAGGGACGGAGACGGCGGAGAGAAUAUAGGGGAAAAAACGGGGACGAGGAGAAGAGAAUGACUGCGGAAAUGCGAGCUGUUCUCCAUAGCGCAGAGCAGGAGGAGGCUAAAGACGCUGGAGGGUGUUUGUCGGGUGCCCAGGAAGACACCACCGCUGGGGCUGAGGAGCAUCUCCAGGUAUCCCAACUGGAGUCGGAGCUCACAUCGGCGUGGGUCCCCACGGGGAGGCGCCUGCUCUCCGGCCUGCUGGGGCUCAACGUGGUCAUGCUCGGAGCCGCCCUGGUGGCCGCGGGGGCCUUCAGUCGGCAGGGGCUGCUGCACCAGGAGCCCCAGAUCUUCAUCCUCGUGCUCAUGGGACUCAGCGUGCUCUGGAUGUUGUGGUACCUGCUCUGGGCUCGGAGGCAACCGGGCCCCCCGCCCCACACGGACCACCACGCCGGGGGCACGACCGUCACAGUGGUGCUCAUGAUCUUCGGGGCCUUCAGCCUGCUGCUGCACAUCUUCAGGAUGGGCUACUUCGCCAUGAUGGCAGAAUGCAGACCCCUCACCAAAGUCCUGCUGCCCUUCCUCGAGGCGCCCUUCUUGGGACUGCAGACCUACCUGCUGUGGGCUCACUCCAAGGACUGCAUCCACAAGCACAAGGUGCUGACCAGGUCUGGCCUGAUGCUGAUCCUGUGCUCGGACAUCCUGCUGUGGCUCAGCGCUGUGACCGAAGACACUGUUCACAUGGAGAUCGCGCUGGAGAGGGAGAACCGCGAGGGCAACUUCUCCUUUCCGGAGAACGGCACCGAUGCCGAGGACUCGGAUGACGGAACCAACGGCUUGCCCCAGUGCUGGUGCGGUGCGUACGCGGCGUGCCGGGUUUUCCGCAAGGGCUUCGAGGUGCUCUACCCCUUCAACAUUGAAUACUACCUCAUGGCAGGCUGCAUGUUGUACGUCAUGUGGAAGAACGUGGGCCGCCACGUGGGGCCUGGAUCCCACAUACAGCACAACCAGAAGCUCACGCUGCGCAUCGUUCACCACGGCGGCAUCCUGCUGGGACCACUGGUGGGGUUAUUGGUCCUGCUGGUGGGCGUGAUCACCUUCAUCCUCUACCAGGUCUGGGUAGGCAGUGCUCGUCACAGCGAUGCCUUCCUCCUCUUCUACGGCUACCAUCUGGCCGUCCUGCCGGCCAUGGCUACGUGCUCUUUUGCCGGCAUGGUUGUUUACGAGCUGGAGAAGAGGGCUCGGGAGGCGGGAUGCAACCCGACACGGAGCCUAGAUGUGCUCCUGCUAGUGGCGGCUGCCCUCGGGCAGCUCUCGCUCUCCUACUUCUCCCUGGUGGCCGCCAUGGCAGUGAGGUCCAGAAACCUCCUGGGAAGCCUGGACCUGGCCUACUCCGCCAUCUGCCUGCUGGAGCUGGUCUUCCAGAACAUCUUCAUCAUCGAGGGGCUUCACCGACACCCUAGCCUGAAGUGUGCGGCGGGGAAAAGGCGCCUCGGAAGCUCCAUUUUCAAGCAGAAGAAGGUGACCACCGUGCAGGCAACUGAUGGGUCUGGAGAACAUGCUGCGCUGAAUGAAAACAAGGAGCCGACAUCACCAACGGUGGACGGAGGAACGCCCCACAAGAACACCUGGACCAAGAGAGCCAUUCAGGAGAUCUGUGCCUUCCUCAUCCUGGCCAAUAUCAUGCUGUGGGUCAUCCCUGCAUUCGGUGCCCACCCCCAGUUCGAGAACGGGCUGGGGAAGCAGUUUUACGGUUUCCAGGCCUGGUUCAUCCUGGUCAACCUGGGCCAACCAUUGGUGGUCUUCUACAGGAUGCACUCCGUCAGCGCGCUGAUGGAGCUGCUCGUCUCAGCGUGAACGGGAGGGGAGGUGCUUCAGCUCUUACAACCUCAUGAGGAAAAAUGAGGAACAGAUAUUCUGGUAACACCAGUUUUUACCUUUCACACCAUCAACAGGAUUCUGUGGCCCUGAGGACACCUCAGUCCCAUGGAAGAACAGCUACUGGGAACAACAUCUGGGGGAGAA